AUGGCAACCCUUACUCCUGCCCACGCCCACACCUCCAGUCAACAGCCCCACCAUCCGCACACCCUCUCAACCUUGGACUUUCAAGGGGCGAGUAGCGCGGCAGCAGCAAAUGCUAUGCGCACAGAACUAAACCUAUUGAUUUCCCGGGUCAAGGAUGAGGGCGAAAGACAGCAAUUCGCGACUGAAAUGGGCAACUUCUUCCUGCUCUUCAACCGCUGGCUGGGCGAGCGAAGCAAGGGCACAAAGAUCAACUGGGACAAGGUUAAUUCGCCUCCCGAGGACCAGGUCGUGCCCUACGACAGCAUCCCCAAGGUUGAGUCCAGCCCAUACCUCAACAAGCUUGCCGUCCUGAAGCUGAACGGAGGUCUUGGAACCACCAUGGGCUGCGUCGGUCCCAAGAGCGCUAUCGAAGUCCGCGAUGGCAUGACCUUUUUGGACCUCAGUGUCCGUCAAAUCGAGUAUCUGAACAAGGCCAAGAAUGUCAACGUGCCCUUUAUCCUCAUGAACUCGUUCAACACGGAUGAGGAGACCAAGCGUAUCGUGCAAAAAUACACUACCCACAACAUCGACAUUUUGACCUUCAACCAGUCCAGAUACCCUCGCGUCAACAAGGACUCUUUGUUGCCCACUCCCCGCCGCCCUGACAGCGACAUUGCGGACUGGUACCCCCCUGGCCACGGAGACUUGUUCGACUCCCUCAACAACUCGGGACUUUUGGAUAAACUGAUUGAAGAAGGCAAAGAGUACGUCUUUGUCUCGAACGUCGAUAACUUGGGUGCCACGGUCGACGAGGGCAUUUUGAACCACAUGGUCGAGUCUGGCGCAGAAUUCCUGAUGGAGGUCACCGAUAAGACUAGGGCCGAUAUCAAGGGUGGUACGCUCAUCGACUACGAGGGCCAGAUCCGUCUGCUCGAAAUUGCCCAGGUGCCAUCGGAGCACGUCGAGGACUUCAAGAGUAUCAAGAAGUUCAAGAUCUUUAACACCAACAACCUGUGGGUCAACCUGAAGGCGAUCAAGCGCGUGGUCGAGGACAAAGAGCUGAGUCUCGAAGUCAUUGUCAACAACAAGACAACGGACUCGGGAGAGAAGGUUAUCCAGCUCGAGACGGCCGUCGGUGCCGGUAUCAAGCACUUCCACAACGCCCAUGGUGUCAACGUACCCCGUAGCCGUUUCUUGCCCGUUAAGUCGACCUCGGAUCUGUUCUUAGUGACAUCAGACCUGUACUCGCUCAACCAUGGUGAGCUCUCGAUCAACCCCAAGCGCAUGUUCAAUACGGUGCCCUUGGUCAAGUUGGGAGAUCACUUUAAGAAGGUCAACAACUUUUUGGCACGCUUCAACAACCCGCCGCAUAUUCUCGAGCUGGAUCACUUGACUGUUACUGGAGAUGUGUCCUUCGGAUCGGAUGUUGUUCUCAAGGGUACAGUGAUCAUUGUCGCGAAUGCUGGAUCCCAUAUCGACAUUCCUUCGGGCAGUAUCCUUGAGAACAAGGUUGUCUCUGGAAACCUUCAUAUUCUGGACCACUAA